UUCUCGCGAGGAGCACCGAGACGCGUCGCUUCGGUCGAGUCCGACGUAUGCCAACGUCGUCGUCGUGGUGGCCGUCACCAUCGCCGCCGUCGCGCUCGUCGUUGUCGGAUCCUCCUCCGCGGUACGUAACAACCGCCUGAGGAGUCUGUCGACGGCAGAUUACCGCGAAUCCGUCGAGGCGCGAGUGUCGCGUAAAGGACAUCUUCGGCUGGUCAAUCCGUCGUCCCGCUCGCGCCGCGAUCAUGAAGGUACCGCGGGGGCGAGACACGCCGACGAGAUAGUCUACGACGAGGAGGCUGGCUGGCUGGCUGGCUGGCUCGCGGGAGCCUCUCGGUUCAUCCCCGGGGCGCCGAGAGUAGGACUAUUUCUCUCGUUCGAGAGAGGAAAAGCGAGUAGAUCGAUAGGUCAGCUGGUGUGCGUGUUCGCGGUCGUUUUCGCAGUCAGUCGGUGUGACCGUGCGGGGUGCGGCCCAGGAUGGUGAAGGCACCGAGCGUGACACCCGUCGGACCACCGGCGGGUGUUAGGAGGAUGCAUCCCGGUCCCGAGAUCGCCAUGAACCCGAGGAAUCUGCCCACGGCCUCCGCAAGCAUGCCGCCUGCUAUGCGGGGAGAUGCCAACGCUGUCGGCAGAACGACACCCGUUUAUUAUCCCCAGGUGGACGUCUCGACGCAGGUAGACCUCCAGAGCGGCUUCGGCGGGCCCGGUAUCAUGGACUCGUGGGAUCGUCGCGCGACGCCGCUGUACUCGCGCGAGGACAUCAAGGAGCAGUACUGCAUCACCAGCCGACAGUUGGACGCCGUCGAGAAGUCGGGCGGCGGUUUCUUCGGCUGCCUGUCCACGAGGGGACCGUCGCCGUGCAGCUCCGGGACCAGGAAUUCCAUCCUGUCGGCGUGCGUGCGUAGCGUCCCCAGCGACGAGAACCUCUGCGACGCGCCCUAUCCCCGAAGGCCCCUCCAAAUUAUGUACCGCCAGCCUUAUCCGACCUACUCCCGCGGUCUGUCGCGGUACGACCUUGAGGAAGAGGCGGACUGGAUCGAGAGUUCCUACUUUAGACGGCGCCCGAGAUCGUUUUGCACCGUGCCCGAUCCGAAGAGAUACACUUGGGUCCCGGAGGACGAAGAAUCUACGAAGCUAGAAGGUCCGCGGCCAGUAUUACCUCCAUCAGUACCUGCUCCCCCUGCUUCCGUAACGACGAUGCAAAUAUCGCAAGUUCCAAAGACGAAACACGUGAGCUUCGCAAGAUCGCACACGCUCACAUCGUUCGAAGUCCCAAGGACCAUAAGCCCUCCGAGGCCACACAAUCCGGAACGUCUUAUAGACUCGCAGCCGACUAUGCAGAAUACGAUACUGCCUUCGUCCUUGCCCUUAACGCAUCCUUAUCCAGGCGUCGAGCCACGUGUUCUUGUACUUGAGAAACCACCUAAACGCGGUGCCAUGAAGACUCAAGCGACGCAGACCGAGAUCCCGCCAAUGUUUCGCGGUCGUGUGCUUCCGGUGACUCUCAGUCCCAGAACCAUCCAUCGGGUCAAGAUGGUUUCACAGGGUGCUCAAACGAACGGUGUUUUCAAUGGCAGAAAAUUGACCAAAAGUUACUCGGAAGCCGGAAAAUUGGGCACGCCGCUUGGUGGCCAAGGUACGCCAGCGAAAGAGGAAACUGAACACGAACCGCUCCAUAGAACUCAAAGUGAGGAGCCACCGAGAUCACCUUUUCUUAUUUCAACCACACCGCCACCAAUACCUACUGUCACCACCGCCGUUGUAAUUGAAGAGACUUUGCCAAAUGGAGACAUCGCUUAUGUUCCCGUUGGCGUUUGUCAUCAACAUCGUAAAUCCCUCGAUAUAGACGAUCAGGAAAUAUUUAUAAAUUUCAAACCGGCACCGGUGUCGCCAGACGCUCGGGCCCUUCUCAGCCGGAUUUCUGAGCCCACGCGUCGAUUCCUUCCUAUCCAGAAGACCUUCUCCGAUGGCGAAAUUCGCGUCGAGAGGCGCGAGCUCAUUGGGGAAAGCAGCGAACCCAGUUAUCCCCACACAUGCAGAAGAAAUCAGCAGGAUUCUUGGGGCAGAACUGUCAGAACACCCGUCCAAUUUUCCUCGACACCCGAGGAUCUAUCCUUGUUACGAAGCUUCUCGCCUCACGAGGAUCACCACGAGGAGGAGUUUCACGAAAAUCUAAUACGUCGAGGUCUCUUUCGGAAAAGAAGCGUAUCCCUCGAGGAUGGUGUUCAAGGUCCAGCGUCAGAUGACUUUAUGCUUCCUAGGUCACUGCCGACCUCGCCCACAUCGCCAACCGCAGCGGCAUCAACACGAAGAAUCUCGCAAACCCCGAAGGAAGAUUCGUUGCCCACCUCCGCCUUCCUGCACACAGCGGUCUAUCCGACUGCUUUUAGUACCGGGACCGGCAUCGGCGGUACCAGCAUCAUCGGCCAGGUGACCUCACCGUUCGCCUCGAGUGAUUCUCUAACGAAUGACGUGACCAGGGACCACAGCGAUGGAAUAUGGAACGAGUCGCAAGCGACGGUUCUCCAAGCUGAUUCGUUAGCUCUAUUGACGCCAUCCUCCAGGAGAAGACAUCUCCUGCUUUUGCAACAUCAGCAACGUUCCUCGAUGGACACCGAGGCUCUGGACGUGGAAGACGAGGUGGAACCUUGCCCGCCGAGUCCGAGAAUACGUCUAGAACCAGCCACUCCGGUGCAACCCCUCACACCAAGACGUUCUUACAGAAUACAAGAUCUGUUACCGGUAGAGUUUCAACAAAUUUACUACAAUGAUGUAUCCACAACAGCACAUUUUUAUGCGUACGAUAUUAUCGAAUCGUCUAUUUCUGCGAGUAACGGCCGACCGAGAAGUGGAUUACGCCGCGCGAGUCCAGGUCCGCCGUUGUCUCAGCCGCAGUCGCAGUCGUCGAGCGAGUUUGGUCUAAGCCUGGCGAGGACAGAUUCGGGCGGGCGCACCGAUAUUUCCGAGACCUCCGAGGAUUACGUCACUGCCAAUACUUCUACGGAAACCGGGACCACUACAGGCACGUCCGCCACGACCAGUUCCUGGUCGAGGCCACCGCAGACGUCCAGCGCCGCGGCGUCGGCGCCCGCUUCGACCACCGCGACCGCGGAAGGCAGCUCCUUCGAGAGCGCAAGCUCGAUUUACAGCCUGGCGAGGAGCGAGGCUGUUAUCGAGGAGCCGUGUAGUCCGCCGCCAAUCUUAGAGGAAGCGGAAAUCCCAUUUGGAUUAGAAAUACCUCCACCGGUAAUGAGGUCUAGCAGCAGCAGUAGUUCAGGUAGCUACGACCUAAAAGACGCGAUGACGGAUCCGAAUCACAAUGUAGAGCAAGGCGGUCCAUCAUCCAGCGGCCAUGCCUUAGAUCUUGAAUUGGAUCGAGAUGAGGGUCAUCGAUCAUCGUCCGGAGGUUACGCGGAGUCGCCACCCGAACAUCGCAUGUGGAGCGAAGAGGAGCGCCGUCGAAAAAAGAAAAACUUCAACUUGGACUUCCUCGGAACAACGUCGACCAAUGUCGAAGUGGAGCAUCCCCCGGAGCCGACGUAUCCGGAGAACGUCGAGGUCAGCCCGACACCUAGCCAUCGACACAGGUCGCGCGGCAAGCCAACGCCAACUCGCAGUCCUCACCGCAAUAACAGGAAACAAAGAGACUCCGUCGCGCAACAGUCGACGCAACUGCAGCAGCAACAGCAGCAGCAAGUGGUCAGAAGUCCUCAGAAGGAGGAAUGGAGGAUGGAGCAAACCGAGGACGGUCAACACGCGCCGACGUCCGACGACUCGAGCUGCAGUCAUCAUUAUCACAUGCAUCAUCAUCACCAUCAUCACAUCGAGAGAAUGCAUCGAGAGAAUGCGGGAGACACCGGGAGACAUCGUCGGACCAGGGAAAGUCCGAGGAGAAAAACUAGCGGUUACAUUUCUACCAGAAGACGCAGUACGACUGAGGAUAAGAACGCGGCGAUAACGGGCAGUUUGCCGCGAAGGAAGUCCCGCGUCGCGGACGACAUAGUUUGCUCCAGUCGCCUCAGUCCUGGCCGUUAUCAGCGCAGUCCAGGGCAUAACGGCCAGCGAGCGCUCGUCAUAGAGACACAAAGUCCUGAGGCGAGAAUAAAAGCAAUGUCGGCGGAAUCGUUGAGAUCCGUCAGUCCGGGCAGCGACAGUGUCUUCUAUAGCGAGAGCGCCGAUCAGUGCCUCUCCGUCACCGCUUUGGACGCCGCGCACUGUCACCAUUGUGGCAGAGAGGUGUCGGAAGAGAUCGUUCGACCACCGGCAGGUUUUGCGGACUCCCCAGAAGGACAUCGAACAACUUCGAAGCACGUUACAGGACACCGGUUGUACAAGAAAUUUGACAAGAGGUACAGAUCGGAAGAUCGAGGGGACCGCAGACAUCGCCGUUCCAGUGCCGGUAGAUCGGACAUUCGAGCCAAAUCGGAGGAGAGGGCCACCCCUCGACCAGGAAGCAGAGGUUCGAUCGAUGACACAGGCAAGAGAAGGCUGCAAGCUCGAAGUACUGAUGCCAGUAUGGAGAUUCUUACGGGAAGAGAAGAUGAGGACACUUAUGUAGAACCGUACUUGAGUAGCGAAUGGAUUUAUAUCGGGGAUCUUGAGGAGAGUCACGUAUGGAGAAGACCUGAUAGCAGAGAUGGUGACGACGAGGAGAUCUAUAAAGAGCGACGGGACUCUCAAGAAUCUACGGAGAGCGAGAAAAAUUUUAAGAAGAGAUAUCAGGCAGCCACGCAUAGAAUGGUACAUCGAAAAAGCAGCGGUGAAAUGUACAAAAGAAUACAAACGAAAUGCUUCGAGAGCGACAAGAGGGUAGUUGUGAAACGCGAAGCUGGCGGCGAGUUUGGAUUCCGUAUUCAUGGCUCGAAGCCCGUGGUGGUUUCCGCGAUCGAGCCAGACACGCCAGCGGAGAGUUCCGGUCUCGAGGUUGGCGACAUCAUCAUGUCGGUGAACGGCAGAAGCGUCAUGGACGCCACGCACUCGGAGGUCGUGAGAUUGGCGCACUCCGGCACGGACGUUCUGGAAUUAGAAGUCGCGAGAACCUGCAACGUACUAGCACCGCGGCUUGCACGCAGCGGAGUGAAGGAGAGCUCCGAAGAAGCAGCACUCUGCUCGGGGUACCUGUGGAGAAAAUCCACGUCGUCGUGUGCGGAAAAGUGGGUACGACGAUGGUUCGCUCUUCGUCGUGACAACUGCCUGUACUGCUAUAAGACUGAUUCGGAUUCGCAACCAGUGGGAGCGAUAAUGCUCCUCAAGUACGAUGUGGAGCAGACGCCUGAACUGAGAGUGCACGGUUUUGCGAUAAAGAAAAAGGGUGCUCCGACUCUACGACUGGCGGCUGAUACCGAGGAAGCGGCAGCUCGAUGGAUCACGGUUAUACGCGAAGCUGUCGAGAGGAACAAUCAGAUUGACACCUGGUUGGACUCUUCGUUAAGAAUGAGGGAGAUGGCUGCGUGCGCUAUUCACAGGCCAGAUUGUUUCGGGUAUUUGAACAAACAACAGGAACACGCGCGGAAAACGUCCUCGCCCACCGGCUGGUCCAGGCGGUAUUGCGUGCUGAAGGACGCCGCGCUAUAUUUCUACGAUGACGCCAACGCCGAGAAAGCGUUCGGUGUAGCGUGUCUGCACGGCUUCAGGGUACACAGCAGCGCUCCGAGUUCCGGCGGCAGGAAGCACGCUUUUGAGUUGCAACCACCGGAUCCCACGCAAAGGAGCUACAUCUUCGCUAGCGAAUCAGAAAUGGAUAAGAAACGAUGGUUGGCCGCCCUCGAAUAUUCGAUUGAUCGAUGGAUAAAAAUAGGUUGAUGCGAAACAAUCCGCCCUAAGACGAAUCCAACGAGACGCAAGUAGCGAAGAUCGUCCAAGGAAAUCCUCGUCCGUAUCCGUUUCCGGUUCCUAACACGUUGUGGAUUAUCCGCGACGAUCGCCGUUGUUACCUCGACGAUCACCACACGCUCGUGGAUGUUUGCCAAGAUUCUUUCAUUUCAACAACAUUAUUAAAUCUCAUCGUCAUGAUCAUCAUUGUAACUGCUGAUUAACAGUGACGUUGAAUUACGUUGAAUUGUUCAAAUAAAAGUUAACGAUAAAACAAAGUAACUUGUGUUCCAUUUAGUGCGAUCGCCGUGCCAUCGGAAUUGUUUAUCAGCAGUGAUGCAAUCGUACGUUCAUCGAAAUCGCUUAAGCAGAAACCUAGGAUUGAUAUAAUAUUAACGAGUUUAACGCUACGGGGGUAGAGAAAAAUAUAUUUUACGUCGAUUAUAUUGCGUUUUUUCUUUCCGUCGCGAAUAAAUACGGAGAUUUCCAGGUUUCUGUACCAUUGAAAUUGGAAUUUAUCAAGUUAUAUUGAUUCCAAUUUCAGGAAUGUAUUUUUAAAUGUUAUGUCGCGCGUCAAGCUUCCAUUUAAUCUUCAUCCUGUCCAUAGCACAUCCCAUCGUCAGCACACUACUUUAAUUUUGAAUAGUUGAAUUUUGAUCGCGAAACGUGGUAGUAAAAUAAUGAAUGUUACAAAAAAAACGAAAUCUUUAAAAGAACUUUAAAUAUUAUAAUAUGAUCGAUUCACGACAUAGAUAUAUACAUAUAUGAAAAAACGAAAGAGGGGUCCUCCGAGGUUGUUUGUCGCUGAAAUUCUAUACGCACAUGAAGAUAACUUUACGAAGAGAGUAGCUUUAAGAACGCGGGCGACAGAGUUCAUUGGAUCGAUUAAUUCUAACGGCGAAACGGGAGAUGCGUUUCGCCACAGCCGUAAGACGCGUAUACACGUGCGUGCGUAGCGGUGAUUACGCGUAUGCGGCACAUGUGCAUGUGGAAUUGCCAUUAACUAUGUAUAUCGCUAUUCUUACCGACGCCAAUAUUUAUAACAAAUGAAAACCAAACGAGGCUUGCUCGUGAGAACAAGAGGAAUGAAAGGAUCGCGUGUGUGCGGGCGUGUCCAGAUAUUGUGUGAACACGCGCAAUUAUCUGUGCGAUAGAGACAGAGAAGACCGAAGAUAUUGCGCGCGUCUAGCGCGAAAAAUCGCGCUCGCGUACUCUCGCGUGUAUAGUAGGAAAGUGCGAGAGGAGACCGGCGUAUAUACAUUUUAACGAGAAGUUAACCCUACGCCGGCACAUCAGGUUCAGACCGAUCCUGUCCGCUCCUACCGGUGCAUACAGGGUGUCCCUGAAUUAUCGGCACACAUUUUACACAACAAAUUAACAAGAGCCGAUUGCCUCGAUGAAUGAAAAUACAUUUUGCAACGUGCAAAUGUUAAAGAAACUUUUUAUUCUAAAUGCGUCGUGCUUCUAAAGCAUUUUAACAAAAAAAAAAAAAAAAAAAAGAAACAAACUAAACUGGAACAAGAAGCUUUAACGUUUAAUUUUCUUUCACGUUGAAAAUCUCGAGUGUUUAGCAACGCGUCUUGCAAUCCUUUUCGAAAGGAAUAUUGACUGCAGGAUAUAAUUUAACCGAGUCAUUAAAAUGUGCCGACGAUUAGAGAGAGAGACACUAAUAUUAAAAAUUGUACAAUUUUUGAACAAAUCUUUUCAUUUUUGAACAUUCUUCGGACUAUUGUAGUACAUAAAAAAUUAUACCAACUUGUUUCCUUUUUUAAACGUGUCUUUAUUAGCGCGUGUGUUGUAUUUUAUUCACGUAUUGACGGAGAAAAAUAUUGAAGAUGAGUUAACGUAAAGUGGCAGCGGGAUGACGGGGCGGGAUUCUCAAUGUGUCAAUCCUGCGUGUGCGAGAAAGAAGAAGAUACAGAUUUAAGCGGGCGGGACAAAGCGAGUGCCAUCGUCGCGACGGCGACGGCGGCGGCGCGGCGUGGCGCUGAAUUUAACAGCGUCUUCGAUAAACGCGACCGCCGCAAACGCGAAGAGAGAAAAACAGGAAGAAGAUGCAGGCGCGAAGAACAAGGCACACCGACGAUCCCGUCGUUACGAAGUACACAUUGUUUCACGGUCGGCGCGUCGACUAGGGUGUAUUAGAGAACGACACGUUUAAAACGAAAUCGCUUGUAUAAAUCGACAGGAGCCUGGUCAACCGCUCAAAAUUUCAGAUAAUAAAAUAGGAAGUUUAAUACAA